AUGAAACAUUAAUCAUUGAGUAACGAUAUUAGGAGGGUAAAAAGAAUUGAAAAGAAUAAAGAAGAUUAGUUGAAUAAAUUAAUAAGCAAUAUUGGAUAAGAAAUAUAGUAAAAGUAACAAUAUAAAUUAUAAAAAUAGUAUAGAUGAUCCAUAUAAAUAUUUAAUCAAAAGAAAUUAUUCAAUUGAAGAUAGAACUAAAAUAAAGAGAGAGAAUGUUUAAUAACGUAGACCAUAAGGUAGUAUGUCCAUAGCUGAAAUUUGGACAAAGAAGAUGAAAAAAUAAUGUGAUAAAAUAUUAGAGGAAAUGAAAAAAAAAUAAAAUAAAUCAAUGUAAAUUUAAUUAUUAACAUAGACUUGAUUUAUCAAAAUAAUAAUCAAUAGAUAAUAGAUAAAUUGAAGAUUCCUUAUAAUGUAUACAAUUAAUUAAAUAUCUAAAGCUCCUAAGAAUGCUAAAUAGAUUAUUGAACAAUUGGGACUAAAAGCAUUAAUGGGCAAAACUAAAUAUAAAAACAAAAAUAGAUAAGCAGUCUAAUCUCCAUAACUAAAAUCAAUUUCAUAAUCUUAAAUUGUGACUUAAUCUCCAGAACCAAUCAGAAAUAGAUUUGCUUCCAAUUUUCAUAUUGAGCCAAUCCAAUAUUCACCUAUUAAGCAAUAUCAUCAUAACAGUCAAAGUACCAGCAGUAGUACAAAAAAUUUGUAUAACGUAAUAAUAUUAGCAAUAGAAUCAAUAGCAAUUUUAGAAAGUAUAGUAUCAAUAAUGAAAUUAAAAGAGAAGUAAAUAAAUGCAUUUAUGAAUGUGAUUCAUUAAUUUAAAACUAUAAACAUGUCGAUAAGUAUAAAUUAUGAUAAAAUUUAAAGAAAGUUGAAUUAACCCUAAAAAAGCCGUUUAGAUAUUUUUGUUGAAAAAUAGAGAAAAGAAGCAUUAGAAGAACUUAUAUUUAUUGAAAGAAAUAAGCCUAAAUAAUUAUAUUGA